UGCGGAGGGGAUCGGGAGGGAAGGAGGGUUGGGUGAGAGCGGCGGGGAGAGGAAGUAAACCCGGACGCCAGGGAGAAGGGGGGAACGAGGAGGCAGGAGAAGAGGUCCAGGGGAGGCGGCAUAGGCGGAGACGGCGACCAAGGCAGAGGUGGAGACGUUCCACUUGCCCCGAUUCCCGCCCUAGGGAGCCAUGGAGCUCUAUCUGAGCGCCUGCUCCAAGGCGGCCGAUGCCGCUGCCAAUAAGACGGCCGCCAGCCACAUGGUGGCGGAAACUGAGCAGUGCGGCCAGGGCACCCACAAAAUGCAGUUUCCAGGAGUAGGGGCUGCUCAACUGCUGGACCUGCCUCUUGGCGUCAAGCUGCCUUUGAUCCCAGGAAGUAAUACUUUAUUCUACACCACAAAUUUAAGUGAGAAGCUUUUUCAGCCCUCUUAUGGUUUUAACUUAAGCGAUCCUUAUGGUCGGCUACUGGAAACCAGAUACAAAAGCCUGCAUGAUCCGCAUCUAAGUGCAUACUACAAGCGCAAAGAUAUCCUGAAGAGAUUAAAGAAAGGAGGUUACAUCACCAGCAAUAACAAAAUCGUAUGCACUUUGAGAGAGUUUAAUAAAUAUCGACAGUACCUGACAAGCCUCAAGUUAGACUUUGAAAGAAAUUAUAUAAGAGAACAAAAAAUGCUCGAAAAGCAAGUCACCAAACUUCAGGAACACAACCAAAUCCCAGACAGCAGAGACGCUGCCCAGUUUAGAGAAUGGCUGUUGCACGAAGGCACACAAACUAUUCAAGACCAAGAGCGCUUAAUAAGGCACAGAUAUUUAGAUAUGAUCAGUAGGGAGCUGGAAAAGCUUGAGCGCUCUGCUGAAGAACGGCAUCUAAUCCGCAUGAACGAAGAAGAGAAAAGGCAGAGGGAGCACACAAGGAGAAAACUCAGUCUUCGGAGGAAGAUUGAAGAGGAAUGGAAAACAAAGGAGAUGUUACUUCUGACCCGAAUUGGUGAAGAAGUUAAAAGAGAAGCUCGAGUGGAGGAACAACGAAGGAAAAGUCGAGAGGAGAGUGACAGAAAGAAACAAGCACUUCUUGAGAAAAAAAUGGCCUAUCACUUGCGAAAAAUGCAAGGGAAUGGCUAUAGAAAAGAAGAAACAGAGAAAACAUCAUUGGAAUUUAAAGCAGGAGAUGGGACAUACUUUGAAAGUGAUGAGAUUAGAAGACAAGCUAUUUCGCCAAAGAAGAAAAAGAAAAAGAAUGAAGAAAUGAAACCACCUGAAUCGAAAACAUCUCGUGGAUUUAAAAGGCAUACAACACUUUCUGUUCGACCUUCUCGUAGUAGUACAAAGAGUGGGACCAAGAAGUCAAUGACAUCCAUGUAUUCCCAGGGUGAUGUUGAUGACGAUGGUAUUGGCAUGAGGCGAGAUGACGAUUUGACUAAAAAGGCAAGCACAAUGGAAACUAGAGCUUCAACUAUACCCAUAAAGAAUAUUAUCAAGCCUUCAUCAUCACUGUCAACCGGUCUUCAAAAGGAAGAGAUAUUUAAUUAUAAUAUUACAUUUGCCCCAGAUAUAAAGAGAUCACCCAAGGGCAACCAUCCCAGGGAACCUUCCUUUCUCAAGUUCUCUCAAAUACGCACAAUCAGUUCCUGCAAAAUGGCCUACAAGAAAAAGUAUCUGCUGAAGAGUUGAACAACAUACUUCAGAAUGUCAUGACCUGGGUUGUAGCCACAGUGACCAGCAUUUUAUAUCCAGCCAUCACGAUGUAUGAAGAAAGGUUGCGUUCAAAUAUUUACCCACUAUCUGAUGAU